UCUAUUUUCAAUUCUCUUCAAGUCUUCACCGUCUCUAGUUUCUCUAUCCCUACAUACAGACAAUCUCUAUGAAGUUCAGAAAGCUAGUUUUCGUAUCGGUUCUCGCCAUAGUUCUAGCCCUAAGCAUUUCAGCAGCAUCAGAUGAUCGUAAGGAUGAUGUUAAUGAUGCAACAAUAGAAUCAUCAGACUACUCUUCAGCACAAGGUCGUUGGCUCUUGCAAACCAAACGAACUCGUAGGGUUACUUGUAAGAAGUUUCCGGGGAUUUGUGAUGCAAAGGGGAGCCCUGGACCUCAAUGCUGCAAGAAAAAAUGUGUAAACAUAUUGACAGACAGGCAAAAUUGUGGAAAGUGUGGGAAGAAAUGCAAGUACAAUGAGAUAUGCUGUAAAGGAAAAUGUGUGAAUCCAUCUUUCAAUAAGAAACAUUGUGGUGGAUGCAACAACAGGUGCGGAAAUGGAGAGUAUUGUGUUUUCGGUUUGUGCAAUUAUGCUUAGAAAAAAAAUUAUUUUCUUCAUAUUCUUUUGUCGUUGUUGUUGAUUAUCAGUUGAAUUUGUUUGAUUUGUAAAAUCUAAAUAUAGUUAAUUUAAUGAAAAUUGUUAUUAACAAUA